UCUCCAACAUGUUCAACAUGGCUUCCACACACGUAGCAACAAUUGUUUACUGCGCCUUAUUUUUAUCUGGACUUACAUAUGGAACUGAUGCUACAUCGACUCCGUCGGCCACAACUCUCACCACUUCCACAGUAUCCGAUUUCGCACCUGGAGUUACUCCUCCGCCAAAUCAGCCUCUCCCGCCGCUCAAGUGCCCGCGUCCAACACAAAAGUACUGCUAUUGGGAGCCUGAUGUUUUGAAGGAUGAAUACUAUACAUGCUGGCGCUCCGGAAUCCUAUACACCAGCUCCUCCUACGAAGUGCAGUCUAGCGUGAACCUCAACUGGACUACGAGGCACACAUUGGCUUCUACAACGGACUAUUCAUACUCAACCGCUUGGAAUCCAGAUGUUUCGUUUUCAACGCUCUGCGACGGCCAUGCGCGCGCCCCACCAGGUGCUACUCCUACGAUCACGACUAUCACUAAAGUCAGCCCCUGUACCACCAAUACUGUGCGCUGUGUCUCUGUAGAAGUCAACCCCGACACUAGUAAUCUGCCCUGGCCUACUCCUCUGACCUGCACCAUCCCCGAGAAAGAGUGCGCAUACUUAUCACAUGCUUAUCAAUCCAUGACUACGAGCUUCCAUGGAGGGUGGUAUAGUUCGCAGAUACCACUGGGACUGUGGCAAGCACCACCUUGCACGGUGGACUACAGCAGCUUUUACCCACAAACAACGUGCGAGCCUCCUUCGCCAUCUCGAGUUGCAUGCAGCAUAUAUCCUGGUGAAAUGACCAUGCUGUACUGGCCAACCGCUGCGUCGACAUCCCUUUGCAAUACCCAGAAUCAAACACUGGCGACUGACGCGACUGCUACGAAUGGACCAGAGAAAACUGCUGUCUACGAUGGAAAGACACUCACUUCACCAACGGCAUACAUGAUCCUCGGCUCAAUGCGCAAUCUUCAGACUGUUUCUAUCUCAGGGCAUACGGAGAGAGGCUGGUGUGGCCCUUCCCAGCCGCCUAUCACACUCUCCAUCCCCCCGGAAUCUGUCUCGAAGAAAGUCUGGCGCCAUGGAACUGAGCUACAUACUGAGUCAUUCGAUUUCAGAGACGUCAAUACAAUAUCUUACGAAGCGUAUGUGGAUGAGGUCUGUGGUUGGGGAACGAUGAGGCAACGAGUACAGGAUGAUUGCAAGACCGUAUGGGGCGAGUACAGUCCGACCAUUGUUGUUCCGCCACGGGUAACUGAGGCGGCAAAGAACUGGGAGGGGUGUGAUAUAACGCAGUUGUCGCAAGUCAAGGAGUGGGUACCGCUAGAUGACAUACCGUCAGAGAGGGAAAAUGCUUGA